AUGUCGACGCCCACUUCACCUGCCAGCCCAACAAACAGCGUCAUCCGCUUAAAUGAAAACAACCCCCUCCUGGCCUCCUUCCAAGCGUACGAAGAAUGCAUGGACAAAAAGGGUUUAAGUCUAGAAGAGGAAUCCAAGCUCCUGAAGAAGGAAGUCGAGAGCCUACACUACCAAAUCCAGAACACGCGGGUGGCACUUUCGUGUCAAGCCGAGGAAAGCGGGGGGCUUAUUGAGCUGAAUAAUGAGUUGAGCUAUAGGGUUAGUGAGCUGAAUACUCUUCUCCGGCAGAGACAUGGUGAUAUCGAGCAAUUGAAGGCUGAGCGGAGUGCGAGGGAUGAUCGGAUUGAGUGUUUGGGAGCAUGGCUUCGGGAAAAGGAGGCGUUGGUUGAUAGAAUGGAGGCGCAGCUUACUGCAUUGCAGCGGGAGGUGGAUGAGUGUGAGCAUCGGCUUGAGAGGAAGGAUAGGGAGAGUGCGGGGCUUAGGAGGACAUUGUUGAGAUUGAGGAAGAGGAUUAAGGAGUUGGAGAAGCCUUCGCAGGAAGCAGGUUAA